UCCAGGAAUUUAACUUUCCUGCUCAUGAGCGAUGAUCCCAUUAUUCCAGAGCCAGCCGCUGAGGGAGACAAUCUCAUUCAUGUAACAAGAAAGAGUGAACAACAAAUGGAAUUUUUGGGAAAAUCAGAGAUCUAUCUUUUUUAGGGAUUUUGUUUUCAAACUUUUUGAGCGCUGAAGUCCUUGUUACUUGUUUAGAAUAUAUUUCAUCUUUUAGAAAAAAGCUUAACCAUCAGUAGAGUACUCUCUGAACUGAGCUGAUUUUUUUCUGCAGUUAAUAUCAACUGAAAAGUUUUAGUUAAACAGAGAAAAAGAGUGUCUGGAAAAAGUGGGGAAAGAUCAUUGCACAACAAAGGAAACAGCUGAGUACCAACAUCAGUGCCCCUUGUACAGUUUUCAAUAACCGGGACGGGAUCGGCAGUCUACCACCAGGGAAGAGACCAAUGAUGGAUAAUUAUUUUAAGCCUGUUCACAGCCCUUCUGGGCCGGGAGAAAUCAAGCCACGGAAGCAUCACCACCAACACCAUCACCAUCAGCUUCACCAUGACCAAGACCCUCAGUCACAAAGGUACACAAUGUUGGAUGUCACAGACAGAAUUGCAGAUGACAGCCAUGGGCAUCACCUUCGCCAUCAACGUGGUCACUAUAUCCAUGACGAUCCUCAUCGUCAUCAACAAUCACAGCAAUUUCACCACAGUGAAGAGGAUGAGAUACUUUACAACUCUGAAACCCCUGUAACUCUUUCUCGGGCCUCUUCUUCCUCCCUUUCUUCCACCGAUUCUUCCUCCUCUUUUUCCUCCUGGUACACAGAGGAGAGUGCAAAUGAUCCUUUCACUCUUCGUCAUGCGGAGCAGCCACAGCACUCACUGUCCUGCUCCAACAUAGCAGAUGUUCGCAGAGGUUUCAGGGAAGACAACGGCAGCGAGCCCAUUGUCUUUGCCACCGUGCAACAUGGCAAAAAGGGCAGUGUUUGCAGUGAGACCCAUGUGAGCUCACACAAGAGGGAAAAGGGUGGUUUUUCAUCUCUUGACCGAAGUCACAGCAGGAGUGCAGGCCUCCUGCGGGGUAUUGACAGCGAUGUUGGAGAGGAGCAGUCCAGGAUAUCGCACAUGAACUACAGCACUCUGUAUAAGUCAUCUAGUUUGAACCGAAGCCUGGCUUUCAGCGAGGACGACAUUCUGUUAGGGGUCUCCCUUGGCCCCAAGAGAGCAGUGUCCUCCAGCCAGUUACCCAGCAAAGGCAUCCUGAAAAACAAGGAGCCUCUUACUGACAUCCGCAAGGUUAAGUCCAUGGAGGUGCUGUCCCCUAGAGUUUCCAAAGGACAAGAUCCCAGUGGACAGAAGGGGAAAGGAAUCACUCAAGUUGAGAUGGAGCAAGCCAGGGCAAAUUUUGUGCAGGGGAAGCUACAAUUUUCAGCCUUUCUAGAUGAGAUUACAAAGCAGGUUAUAAGCCCGUCAGAUCUCACUAUCUUGGGUUUGAACAAAAAUAAACCUACUGGAAAGCAACCUGCCCCAGCCCAAACACCGGGCCCAGUAAAGCCUCAGCUCCCCCCAAAGAAGCACAGAGAAAGCUCAGAAGAGGAGAGGACGCAGCGUCCGAGACAGCAAGACAGACAGGAGGAAGCAGCUUGCAGCCGCUCUCGCAAACCCUCAAACUGCACCAACCCCGACAAACUCACCUCAUUCUCAUCUAAGAAAUACCACGGCAGUCCCCCACCUAAUCACUUCCUCCACAAAACUCAUGGAAACAGCCAUAAAGACAGACGGCCAUCUCCCACUGGGGGCUCCUUGUCAGGAGACAGGUAUGGUCGAAGUGGGCAAUACCUCACAGAUGGCACCAACACCAGCCCUGAACCCGUCCAGCCAAAACAACGGCACCACCACAAACAGCAGCCUACUGCCUCACUUGGUGAACAUACCCAGCACUAUUCUCAGCACCAAACUCAGCCUGGCAACGGGCACAAAGGGCAUGGCUGCUCCCCUCCAUCCUCAGCCAAGGGUGUUGAGCCAGGCCUCGGAUCUGAGUCUUCAUCAACAAAGUCAGACUCAUCCAGGGCCAGAGACACAGCCACCAGUCACAGCUCGGAGCAGAGUGGUCGACAUCAUUCUCAACAUGAGGGGCUCUCUAAACAAUACAGGGUGAGUUCCCUAUUCUAA